AUGAGACCUCCUGAUGAUGACGUCUUCCAGAGAAGGUGGCAGCUUUCUGAUCUCGGCGAGAGCAUUUCGCAAUUGCUCAAUCUGCUCGUCGCUGACAAGCGGUGCCUGAGCGAUGUCGAUGGCGCGUUCGAGCAGGUCAAGCAUGACGCCUUCCACCUUCCUAUCAUUGCAUUCUUGGACAGCAGCGCGGUACCUCUUUGUUCUCUCCUCGCCCUUGACGCCCUUGACGGAUUCGAAAAGGUCCUCUAUGGACCUGACAGGGUUGCGAUACUCGUCAGCCACUAG